AUGGCGAGUACCGGAUCGCAAGAAGGCAAACAAAACGAAAAGGAUACGGCUUUGCCGGGUGUCACCUUUGGAAGAGUAGAGUGGAUAGGCUCCGAACAAGCCGUGGAUAACAUCGUAGCAGAAAACUUGCCCGCAACAUCAUGUGCGCCAAACGUUAGCGCUUCAGGACAAAAGAAACUCGGCACAAGGCCCAAGAAAGUCGUUUGUCCAAAGUCAACUACAAGUAGAACUUCUAAACGGAACCCACUCCGAACAGUUCGAAAACGUACAGACCACCACUGUGGAACAUGUAACGAACGGGACUCUAGCAAAAUGGUUUUAUGUGACAAGUGCGAAGUGUGGCAUCAUUUCUCUUGUGUUGGAGUUACCAGUAACGUAGCCGAUCGGAGCACUUGGAUAUGUUCAACAUGUGAUACUACGACGAUUCAAACGGAACCUACUACCUCUUCGAACAGGAAACAAUCCAUCGGGAAUCUUCACCACGGAAUCGAUUCAGAGCAAAGAGUAGCUAUUACGCUAAGUGAUCGCAAUGCUGGCAACAAGAACAACGAGCGACAUGAGACUAACUCCGUGGCUCGAAUGUCUGUGAGUCAGACUAGCUCUCGAAGCGAGUCCAGGCGGACGAAGGAACUACGCUUGCAAAAGCUUAAAGAGCUAACCGAACUGCAGCAAAAGUACAUCGAACAAAAGUAUGCCAUUCUAGAGGAACCAGAAACGGAAGGAAGUGAGUUCAACGAUGCUCGCUCCAUUGACAAAAUGUCAAACAUCGAGCAAUGGAUGAGGAAGACCAAUAUUACGGGAAAUGGUGAGUCGGGAUCAGUAGAACAAGAUGACUGCUUUGAAGAAGACACAAUGCGCCCUCACCUCAUCGAAAAACAUCCAAUUGCGAAAUUUGAAGGUAUAACCGCGAAAAGUAGUCGACAGCAGAGCAAUUUUGCUCCUGGGCGAAGCACGCACAGAAGGCUACUCGGUGAUUUCAAUCCAGAACAACGCUCAACUCCAUUGGCAACAUCAGACAUCCAACGAAUUUCUAACUACGAUCCCAACGAAGUAUGCUUUCUCAAUAGAAGUCAAAUAGCUGCUCGACAAGCUAUUAACAAAGAGCUACCUGAGUUCGACGGGAGUCCCGAAGACUGGCCAUUGUUUUUAUCCACCUAUCAUUCGUCCACCCGGAUGUGCGGGUUCACUAACGAGGAGAAUAUGUUGAGGCUGCGCAAAUGUCUUAGAGGGAAAGCCCUGGAGGCUGUACGAAGUAGAUUGCUGCAUGAAAAUAAUGUUACAGGCGUGAUAUCAACACUGAAAAUGAUAUUCGGAAGACCGGAAACCAUUAUACACGCGAUGAUCGCUAGGAUUAGGACUCUGACCCCUCCAAACAUCGACCAAUUAGAAACCAUCGUAAAUUUUGCCUUGACUGUGGAGAACCUAUGCGCCAACAUUGAAGCCUGCGGUGUUCCCGACUUCGUUUAUAAUGCAUCUUUACGAAUCGAAAUGAUUCAAAAGCUUCCUUCUGUGUUGAAACUUCAGUGGGCUAAUCAUACUAGAACAGUAGCGAGUCCAACGCUGCUGGAUUUCAGCAAUUGGUUGCACGGCUUAGCAGAAGAUGCGAGUGCAGUUAUGGUAACAGCAUCGAUCCCCAAAACUCGACGGGAGAAAAAGGAAGGUUUUCUGUAUCACCACGAGGAAAAUAGCGAGGAUGAAUAUUCACCAGAAACUGAGAAGUUCACAGCCUUUACUCAUCAAGAAACAAACCAGCCCAGAGUAAAGCCUUGUGUUGCCUGCUCCGGAGGUUGUAUUACGGUUACAAAAUGUCCAACAUUUAUCGCACUAGACCACGAUUCGAAGUGGAAAACAGUUAAGGAGAAAAAACUGUGUAGCAAAUGCCUCAAGAAACACAACGGAUCAUGUAGACAACAAAAGCAGUGUGGACAUAAUGGAUGCACUCGCUUACACCACAAUUUGUUGCAUAAGCCAGAUAACCCUCCGAAGGAUUCUUCUACGAAUACGGCAACAGAAUAUAGCUGUAAUGUCAAUCAAAGACUUGGCAGUGGUGUAUUAUUUAGAAUAAUACCUGUCGUUCUAUAUGGCCCUAAAAAAUCGUUGAACACCUUCGCAUUUAUUGAUGAUGGGUCUGAGCUCACCUUGAUGGAAGACCAGAUAGCUAAAGAGUUAGACCUAGAUGGACCCACUCAGGGCCUUUGUCUAAGAUGGACCAGCGGGACCCAACGAAAUGAAGCCGCGUCGCGGAAAAUCAGUCUUGACAUCUCCGGAACAGAUGAACAUUCGAAACGAUAUCGAGUAGCAAAUGUCAGAACCGUCGAGUCUUUGCAAAUAAGGCCUCAAACUCUGGAUAUAAUGGAAAUGAGGAAAAAAUUCAAACAUCUCCAAAAUAUUCCCAUUCAAUCUUACGAGAAUGCAUGUCCCAGGAUUAUCAUAGGUCUAGAACACGCUAAACUUGGACAUCCGUUCAAAAGUCGUGAAGGCAAUUUAGAUGAGCCGAUCGCGGUUAAAUCGUGUCUAGGAUGGACAGUCUACGGAAAGUGCUCUAAAAAUCUGGGUACCACACUCUACGUGAACCAACAUUCACUCCUGAAGUGCCCUUGCGAAAAAACUAACGAUGAAGACCUCAACUUACUGAUGAGAAACUUCUUCGCUAUUGACAACUUAGGUCUAAAUAAAUCAAAUAACGUUAUAAUGUCACGAGAAGAUCAACGAGCUAUUACGCUGCUGAAAAACCACACCUUUCAAAACGGUCGAUACGAAGUGACCCUGUUGUGGAAAUAUGAUCAUGCUCGUUUACCAGACAGCAAGUCCAUGGCACUUAGUCGAUGGAAAUGCCUGCAACGGCGAUUGCAAAAAGAUUCCCACCUAUCCAAGCUACUUGAAGAAAAGAUGAACGAUUACGUCGCGAAAGGGUACGCCCGUCAGCUUUCUUCUGAAGAGUUAGUAGAAGAUCACCCCAGAAUUUGGUAUCUACCUGUAUUCCCUAUAACCAAUCCAAAUAAGCCCGGGAAAACCAGACUUGUAUGGGAUGCCGCAGCUAAGGCGCAUGGAAUCUCGUUAAAUUCUUUACUCCUGAAGGGUCCCGACCUACUGACGUCGCUGUUUUCCGUGCUUUUAAAAUUCAGAGAAUCUAAGAUAGCCGUCUGCGGAGACAUCCGCGAGAUGUACCACCAGGUACUCAUACGGAAAGAGGAUCAACAAUGUCAACGCUUUUUCUGGGGAAAGAACGACGAAACCAAUAUGCCAUUAACUUAUAUAAUGCAAGUUAUGACGUUUGGAGCAUGCUCUUCUCCUUGUACCGCUCAAUUCAUAAAGAAUCACAAUGCAGAACAAUUCAUGCACAAGCACCCUGCUGCAACGUCAGCAAUAAUAAACAAUCAUUACGUGGAUGAUAUGCUUAUCAGCACGGAAACCGAAGAAGAAGCAAUAAAUUUGGCCAAAGCCGUUAAAAUAAUUCAUAGCAACGCUGGGUUCGAACUAAGAAACUUCAAAUCUAAUUCAAGCAAUGUAACCGACGCUCUCGAAGGCCAAUCGAAGUCAAACGAGAUGAGCGAAAAGGAUAUGAACGUCGGUAGAGAAAGUAGUUCGGAAAAAGUCCUCGGCAUGUGGUGGAACACGACGACAGAUUGCUUCAUGUUUAAGAUGUCACCAAGCAUUGACUCGGACAUUCUCUCCGGAACCCGGAAGCCAACCAAGCGUGAAGUUCUUCGCUUCCUGAUGCAAAUAUUCGAUCCAUUAGGACUUAUUGGACACCUUUUGAUGUUUCUCAAGUGUCUUUUGCAAGAAAUUUGGAGAACAUCUGUAGACUGGGACGAUGUUAUACAGGACAAUGAAUAUCAGAAGUGGAAAAGAUGGCUUGAGGUAUUUCCCGCAGUGACAACAGUUUCAAUUCCUCGUUGUUAUCGCAACCUUUGUACUAUGGAUUUCAGCACCGAAGUGCAAAUGCACACCUUCGUCGAUGCCAGUGAGAAUGGCAUGGCCGCCGCAGUUUAUUUGAGAUUUGCAAAUAAUGGCAUAACAGAGUGCGCGUUACUGAGUACCAAAACCAGAGUGGCUCCGUUAAAGUUCUUGUCAAUACCCCGUUCCGAGCUUCAAGCCAGCGUACUUGGGGCAAGACUGGCGAAUUCAGUAAAAGAAUCAAUUUCAAUAAAGCUAAGCAAGCGCUAUUUUUGGACAGAUUCCCGAACUGUCUUGAGUUGGUUAUCUUCGGACCAUCGUAAGUACAGCCAGUUUGUUUCACACCGAGUCAGCGACAUAUUGGAAUCAACUACACUAUCCGAAUGGCACUGGAUCCCAUCCAAGUUGAACGUGGCAGACGAUGGUACCAAAUGGAAGAACCUUCCAGAUCUCAGUAAAACCAGCAGAUGGUUCUGCGGUCCAGAUUUCCUGCUGCUUCCGGAAUCUGAAUGGCCACUUCCGGAAGAACCAUUGAUCUCUACAGACAUUGAAAUGCGGCCCCACAUACUUAGUCAUAGUCUACCCCUGCCAGCUCUAAUUCCGGUCGAAAACUUUUCCUUGUGGAAAACUUUGCUUCGUAAAACAGCCUACGCGCUUCGAUAUAUUUAUAAUGCACAGAGACUGGCACAAAAGCAACCCAUCCUCUCUGGACCCCUACAAUCUGCUGAUUUGUGCAAGGCAGAGCAGUAUCUGUUCCGAUACGCUCAAAGAGAGGCUUAUCCUGACGAAAUUGCGUUAUUAAGUGCCAAAACACCCCAUGAGAAGAAAAACUGUAUUCCUAAAAAUAGCCCAUUGUACAAACUAUGUACCUUCCUUGAUGAAAAUUCCGUUCUUAGGAUGCAAGGCCGUAUAUCGUCAUGUCAGUAUGCUCCGCCAGAUGCACAAAAUCCUAUUAUUCUCCCGCGUAACCAUCAUAUUACGAAACUCGUAGUUGCGAGCUUCCAUCAUCGAUAUAAUCAUCAGAACCACGAAACGAUUAUUAAUGAAAUUCGACAACGCUAUCAUGUGCCAAAAUUGCGGUCAGCUUAUAAGAACAUACGUUCAAAUUGUCAAACCUGUAAGAAUCUACGAGCACGGCCUCAGCCCCCUUUGAUGAGCGAGCUCCCUGUUGGUCGACUAGCCGCCUUUUCGCGCCCUUUUUCGCAUAUGGGUCUCGACUACUUUGGACCCAUGAUAGUAGUCAACGGUCGCAAGCAGGAGAAACGAUGGGGGGUACUGGCCACAUGUCUCACUAUAAGGGCCAUACACCUACAGGUGGUACACACACUAACUACCAAUUCAUGUAUUUUAGCAAUACGAAACAUCAUGGCAAGAAGAGGAGUUCCCGUUUGCAUCUACAGUGAUCGAGGCACUAAUUUCAUAGGUGCCGACCGAGAACUUAAAUCACUACUCAAGGCGGUGGAUCAGAACAAGCUUAUGGAGGAAUUCGUUUCUCCCCAUACUCAAUGGAACUUCAACCCCCCGGCCGCCCCUCAUAUGGGAGGAGCGUGGGAGAGGCUUAUACGAACAGUGAAGAACAAUCUCGUCAAACUCAACCCAAACCACCGACCAAACGACGAGAUUCUAGAAAACAUGCUGAUCGAAAUCGAAAAUGUCGUUAAUUCUCGACCACUUACACACGUGGCUAUUGAAGAUGAAAACUUUCCUGCCUUAACCCCCAAUCAUUUUCUAUUGGGGUCGUCAAAUGGCUUAAAGCCCUGGGUUGCCUUUGACGACAGCUCAUUGGCGGUUCGAAGAUCGUGGCAGUUCUCACAGAUCAUGGCCAACACAUUCUGGCGCCAAUGGGUGCACGAUUAUCUCCCAACUUUAACACGAAGGACUAAAUGGUUCAACGAUGCAAAGCAGAUUGAGGUCGGGGAUAUUGCGGUUAUUGUAGAUCCAAAUCUACCACGGAACUGUUGGCCCAAAGGACGCAUCAUUUCUACGCAUCUCUCACCUGACGGUCGUGUUAGAUGGGCAACCAUACAAACUGCCAGUGGUAUAUAUGACAGACCGGCGACGAAACUAGCUGUGUUGGACGUUGGCGUAAGCAAAGUCGUACCACAAGCGAGCAGCUUGUGCACUUCGAGGGGGACUGUUACGAGCGCCAACUAG